CCCAGGGCGGCAGCGUGAGAGCGGCGGGGAGGGCGCUGCGGGCUGCGGCUGGGAUCCGGAGCGCCGGGAACCUCGCACCAUGUCGCGACUGAUCGUGAAGAACCUCCCGCACGGGAUGAAGGAGGAGCGCUUCAGGCAGCUGUUUGCUGUCUUCGGCACACUGACCGACUGCAGCCUGAAGUUCACCAAAGAUGGCAAGUUCCGUAAAUUCGGCUUCAUCGGCUUCAAGUCGGAGGAAGAGGCCCAGGUAGCCCUGAGCCACUUCAACAGGAGCUUCAUCGACACAUCCCGGAUCACGGUGGAGUUCUGCAAGUCAUUUGGGGACCCCACAAAGCCCCGAGCCUGGAGCAAACAUGGCCAGAAAGCGAUCCAGCCCGAGCCUCCUGCACAGGACUCUGCCCCCAGAGAAACUAAGCAAGAUAAGAAGAACAAGGUACCAACUGAGCUGGAGAAGCUGAAGGAAGACACCGAGUUCCAGGAGUUCCUGUCAGUUCACCAGAGGCGGACACAGGCCGCCACUUGGGCCAACGACGCCCUGGACACUGAGCCCCCAAGAAGGAAGAGCCAGCCAGCCAGCGACUACCUAAACUUUGACUCCGAUUCUGGCCAGGAGAGUGAGGACAGUGAGGCAGCUGGGGAGGAGGCCAAAGGGAAGCCAGGGCUGGACGGAAAGGUGGCCGUGCAGAAGGGACUCUCCGACAUGGAUUACCUGAGGUCCAAGGUGGUGCAGGCCGGGGCAUCCUCCUCAGAGGAAGAGGAGGAGAGUGAGGACGAGGCCGUGAGCUGUGAGGGAGGCAGCGAGGGCGAGGCCCAGAGCCCCCCUGCCUCCCCUGCCCACCAGGAGAGCUCAAGCAGGGGGCUGGGCCCGGAACCGGGGGCCCUACCCCCCAGCAGACCCCAGGAGGCUGCAGCUCAGACACAGAAGCCGGCAAACCAGAAGGAGCCCACGACCGCCCAUACAGUGAAGCUGCGCGGAGCCCCGUUCAACGUCACAGAGAAAAAUGUCCUCGAAUUUCUGGCCCCCCUGAAGCCCGUGGCCAUUCGGAUCGUGAGAAACGCGCAUGGGAACAAAACAGGGUACAUCUUUGUGGACUUCAGCAGUGAGGAGGAGGUGAAGAAUGCAUUGAAAUGUAACAGAGAGUACAUGGGUGGGCGCUAUAUCGAGGUGUUCAGGGAGAAGCAUGUCCCCACUGCCAAGGGGACCCCCAGAAACAGCGCCAAGCCCUGGCAAGGCCGCACGCUCAGGGAAGACGAGGAGGAGGAGGACCUGGCGGACUCCGGGAGGCUCUUUGUGCGCAACCUGCCGUACACCAGCUCCGAGGAAGACCUGGAGAAGCUCUUCUCCGCCUACGGUCCCCUGUCCGACCUCCACUACCCCAUCGACAGCCUGACCAAGAAACCCAAGGGCUUCGCCUUCGUGACCUUCAUGUUUCCCGAGCACGCCGUGAAGGCCUACGCCGAGGUGGACGGGCGAGUAUUCCAGGGCAGGAUGCUGCACGUGCUGCCGUCUACCGUCAAGAAGGAGGCCAGUGAGGACGCCGACACCCCCGGUUCCUCCUAUAAGAAGAAGAGGGAAGCCAAGGACAAGGCCAGCAGCUCCAGCUCCCACAACUGGAACACGCUGUUCAUGGGGCCCAACGCCGUGGCCGAUGCCAUUGCUCACAAGUACAACGCCACCAAGAGCCAAGUGUUUGACCACGACACCAAGGGCAGCGUGGCCGUGCGGGUGGCCCUGGGGGAGACCCAGCUGGUCCAGGAGGUCCGCCGCUUCCUCAUCGACAACGGGGUCAGCCUGGACUCCUUCAGCCAGGCCGCAGCGGAGCGAAGCAAGACUGUGAUUUUGGCCAAGAACCUUCCAGCAGGCACCUCGGCGGCCGAGCUGCAGGAGGUCUUCGGCCACUUCGGCAGCCUGGGCCGGGUGCUGCUGCCCGAAGGCGGGGUCACCGCCAUCGUGGAGUUCCUGGAGCCCCUGGAAGCCCGCAAGGCCUUCAGACACCUGGCCUACUCCAAGUUCCACCACGUCCCCCUGUAUCUCGAGUGGGCUCCGAUGGGCGUCUUCUCCAGCGCAGCCCAGCGGACGAGCGAGCCCCAGGCCGGGCCGGGCGACGCCGAUGAAGAGGUGCAGGCGGGGCCAGGAACAGCCGCCGGCAGGCCGGGCGACGGCGACGGCGCCGACGGAGAUGACGAUGACGAUGACGAUGAAGAGAGCUCCCCGGGGUGCACGCUGUUCAUUAAGAACCUCAACUUCAGCACCACGGAGGAGACGCUGAAGGAGGUGUUUUCCAGAGCGGGCGCGCUGAGGAGCUGCGUGGUCUCCAGGAAGAAGAACAAAGCCGGAACCCUGCUGUCCAUGGGGUUCGGCUUCGUGGAGUACCGGAAGCCCGAGCAGGCCCAAAAAGCCCUGCGGCAGCUCCAGGGUCACGUUGUGGACGGCCACAAGCUGGAGCUGCGGGUCUCAGAGCGAGCCACCAAGCCGGCGGUGACAUCCGCACGCAAGAAGCAAGUCUCCAGGAAGCAGACGACGUCUAAGAUCCUGGUGCGCAACGUCCCCUUUCAGGCCAGCCAGCGGGAGAUCCGGGAGCUCUUCAGCACCUUCGGGGAGCUGAAGACGGUGCGCUUGCCCAAGAAGAUGGCGGGGACCGGCGCCCACAGAGGGUUCGGCUUUGUGGACUUCCUCACCAAGCAGGAUGCCAAGAGAGCCUUCAACGCCCUGUGUCACAGCACCCACCUGUACGGCCGGAGGCUGGUGCUGGAGUGGGCCGACUCCGAGGUGACCCUGCAGGCCCUCCGGCGGAAGACGGCCGAGCGCUACCACGAGCCCCCGAAGAAAAAGCGGUCUGCGGUGUUGGACGGGAUCCUGGAGCAGCUGGAGGACAGUGAGCACGAGUCUGAGGAGCAGGCCCUCCCGCUGUGAGCCGCGGCCAGGGUCCAGGGGAAACGGCCACCUUGUGUGGCACAGAGCUGAGACCCUGGCUUCUGGCCCUGCAGAGGUGCAGAGGUGGCCUCCUCCUCCUCCAACCCCAGGCCUCCAUCUUCAACACGGAGGAAACCCGGCUUCCUGGCACUUUGCAUUCUCCCACGCAGGAGCAGAAAGAUCUCCAGAUCCAAGUGAGAGCCGGGCAUGGUGAUUCACCUCUAUAAUCCCAGCACUCAGGAGGAUCUCACAUUCAAGACCGUCCUGGGCUGCAUAGCAAGACCCUGUCUCCGCAGCAGCAGCAGCAGCAUCAACAACAAAAGCCCAGUAAGAAGCCAGGCACCCACGGUUCACGUGAGGCCUGUGAGCUCCGCCAUUCGGGAGACUGAGGUCUGAGGAUCAUAGUUCAAAGCCAGCCCAGGCAGGAAAAUCCCCGAGGUCUUAUUUCCAGUUAACUAGCAAAAAGCCGGAAGUGAAGCUGUGGCUCAAGUGCUAGCUUGAGCAAAAACAAAAAUACUAAGGGACUACGUUCGGGCCCUGCGUUCCAGCCCCAGGACCUGCACAGAAACACUAGAAACAGAACAGACGGAGUUCCGAGUGAGCCUGUGGUCCUCCAGUUCCCGCUGGUUUAAAAGGGUUUCCCAUUCGUGUCUUUCCUACUGUGUGCAUAUUGGAUUCUUCUCAAUACAAAAUCAAGAUGCCUUU